AGAAUAUUUCAUAUCAUAUAUGCAGAAAGUAGAUUCUCAAUAGAAUUUUACUCUAUACAAUACAUACGAGUCAUCUGAGAUUUUUGACUAUAGUAAGAAUUAUAAAUUUAGAGUACAUUUAGAAUAUAGUCUAUAUUGGAGUGCAUAAAUAAGGAUUAGAGGAACUUGGAAAUAAGAAUAAUGA